UCUUGUGGCACAGCUAUCAACACCUUCACCUCUUCAUCGACAACAACGGGAAGAGUGUUUUGUCUGUACUCUCCAUUUUUGUUACCUGAUUUCACUUAUUUUUCCCCCUUUUUUAAAUUUGUUUUUCCAGUCAAGAGGCCUUUAGGCAAGAAGAUAAAAAAGAAGAUGCUUGCCCUGCUUUUCUUGGUGUUACUUACUACUAGUCUAAAUCUGCAUAUUGAAGCACAAGAUAGUGGCUCAAGGACAAAGGUGUAUGCCAACAGAGGUGACAAUAUCACUCUGCCUUGUCACCUGGAGGGUCAGUCCAGUUUGUUCGGAAACAGAAUCAAGUGGACCAAAAUUGAAGAUGACUCUUCAGAAACCGAUGUGCUUAUCUCCAUGGGAUUCCACAAGAAGACUUAUGGAAAUUUCCAAAGCCGUGUUUACCUGUUGGAGGCAGAUGACAAUGAUGCAACUUUGGUUCUGACUGACAUAGAUCUGAAAGAUUAUGGCACCUAUAAAUGUGAAGUCAUUAAUGGCUUGAAUGACAAAAUCAUCGAAGUGGACCUUGAACUGCAAGGGGAAGAUUCACUUUCAUUCACAGGGGUUGUUUUCCCAUACUCCCCUCUUCGGGGACGUUACAACCUUAACUUCCACGAUGCCGAGGCUGCAUGCCUGGAGCAGGAUGCUGUGGUUGCCUCCUUUGAGCAGCUCUUUGAGGCAUGGAGAGGUGGCCUGGAUUGGUGCAAUGCUGGCUGGCUGAAUGAUGGAACCGUGCAGUAUCCAAUCACCAACCCCAGGGAGCCCUGCGGAGGCGCAAGGACCUCAGCUGGACUAAGAAACUAUGGUCAGCAGGACAAGUCCAACAGUCGUUAUGAUGUGUUCUGCUUCACAUCCAGCCUUAAAGGACACUUCUACUAUCUGAUCCAACCAAAGAAGCUCUCCUAUAAUGAGGCUGUCCAGGCAUGCAAGAACGAUGGAGCUGAAAUUGCAAAGGUGGGCCAUAUCUACGCUGCCUGGAAGCUGCUGGGAUAUGACCGUUGUGAUGCCGGUUGGUUGGCCGAUGGUAGCGUUCGUUACCCGAUUGCCAGGCCCAGGAUGAACUGCAGCCCCACGGAGGCUGCCGUUCGCUUUGUUGGUUUCCCUGACAAAAAGCAUAAGCUCUAUGGGGUUUACUGCUAUAAAUCUCAGGAGUAAACCACUUCAUUUCUCAUAUCACCAACUAAAGAGCAACAAUACCACAUCAACACUUAUGCAGGACUUUUUGCAUGAACUAGCCAUAACUGUGACAAAUAUUAUAGGGAGGGAUACUGUAAAGACCAGUUUCAUUCUGUUAAUUUCUCUAAACUAAUUGUAAACACAAGAGUUAUUUUAUCUCUCAUUUACUUUUUUAUAUGGAUUCAUACAUCAUACAUAUGAACAACAAAGCAACAGCACAAUAACAAAAUGGCAUGUGUUAAGGAUAUUCAGCUGGAAUUAAACAUAUCAUUUUACAGGGGAAAAAAUGUGUUAGUUUGUCAAGAAUCAACUUGUGACUGGUCAUUUUGACAUUGCAAUAAAAUAUUUUAAUAUUACUAUAUACUAUAUACUAUAAGCUUAACAAAACAUUUUUGAAUCUUGCCUGAACAGAAAAGCAAAUGCCACUAUAAAUGAAUCAGACACCACUCUUUUCAGUCUAAAACCCUUGCUUGAUCUUACAUAAAUGCAUAUUUCCUUAAAACUCUUUUUUUUUCUUCUCUUUUGUUGGUAUAUGACUGGACUGUGACCUACGUAUCUACCUGAAAUUCCGAAUAUUAGUGUCACCAGACUUUAUUUUCAUAACUAAUUCUUUCAUAUAAUUGCAUUGUUUUAUUUUAACACUAUUUUCUACCCUUUUUUCACUAUUUGUGAUGCAUUUUCUCAACUGUUACCUUUUCUCUUAUGGUUUUUAUCUUUAGAGGCACAUUAUUUCUCUCUCUCUCUCUUUUUUUUUUUUUUGUCUUUGAUGGCCUUGGUGAAGGGUUUUUUUGUAUUGUUUUGUUUUGUUUUGUUUGUUUGUUUGUUUUUUUACUCUGAAAAGAUGUUUAAACAUGUUCCUCUCUGUGUAUAAUUUAACAAGUAUUUCAUAACAGGCAGUGACAGAAUUUUACAAACUGUUGCAUGUGAUUCAUUGGACUUGUAUUGUAUUUGUAUUGGCAGAGUAGUACAAACAGAACUUAAACAGAGAGGCAAGUGAGAUUCUUUAAGGACCCAGUUGUCUAUUUGCAACAUUUCAAGACUAGCUUGAGCCUACUAGUUGCUUAAGCAUCACUCCUGGAUAUUUUAUUGCCACUGCUCUCUGAAAAAAAGAGAGUGAAAACAACACAAAAGCUAUGUAUUUGCUGAAAUCAUGCAUUAAGUUUACUUCAUUCAAGCUGUUUCUAACAGUAACAUUUGAAUGUGAUGACAGGUACAGUGUGAAGGACUUCACAAAAGAGAGAUCUGUCUUUACCGAAUGCUACAUUUAUUACUUGCCACUUUCUAUUGAUAUAUGUUGUUUGUUUAUGAGAGGAGAAAAGAGGCUCCUACUACAACUCAGCUUUGAACUUCAAAAGCCACAGUGCACAUAUGUACAUUUUUGCUUCUUCUGUUUUUGUUUUUGUUCUUUUUUUUUUUUUUUUUUUCUCCAAGGCGCAGUGUACGGUUUCUGAAUCCAAUUUCAAAUGAAUAAUAAUUAUAAUAAAAUAAUAAUGAUUGGUUUUAUUCUCCACUAAACUAUGUUUUUAUUCUACAGUGCUUAUAACCACGGAUUUUGAAGGUCCAAAUGCUGAGUAUGUAAUGUUUGUUAAAGUAUGCCUGCUGGGAUCUUCCUGGCUUAAAUUUCCCAAUGCAAAACAUAUUGGGUUGAAAUUACUUGAAAUGAACUGCAUGAGUAUUGUUUAAUUUUCCACUGCUUUUGGAUGCAGCAAGUCACUUUCAUAAGAGCCAGAGUAACUAAAAUAAUAAUAAUAAUAAUAAUAAUAACAUACAAAAACAUGAAAAUAGAAACAUAGUAUAAAAUGCAUGGACAUAUAUGAACAUAAUUUUAUGAUCUGUGAGAAUAUUAAAUUAUUUUUAUAUGUAUUUGUUUUGUUUAUUUUGAAUAGUCCUAUCUAAACUUGAGAUCUAUCAGAACCUCAGAGCUCUGAGAAACAUUUACAGGAAAAGCUUGUUAUAAUUAUAAAAUGUUAUGUGACUAAUUCAAACUCUUUUGACAUGCAAAUCAAUCCCAGUUGUUUAAAAAAAGGAUAAAUGCACGAUUUCUGUAAUGGAAAAUGGCAAAGUGUCUUCCAAGUUAUACUGUAUGUGAGAAAACCAUGAGUA